GACACUUGCCCCUCCCCUGGGCUCCGGGAAUGCUGGGUUGUUUACAUUACUGGCACACGGGUCAGUCCGGAGUGCGGUGAUGAGAAGGGCCUAGUGGAGGGACUGCCUGAAAACACGUACACAUCCUGACCGGCUCUGCAGCACAGUCUCUCUCUCCGCAAAAAUUUUGUAGCGCUCAGGUAACAGUGUCACGCAGCAAGAGAGGCCCGCCCGAUCGACUUCUUGGAGCGACCCUGGAGAGGACGGGAAAUUAAAAACAAAAACAAAGACAGCCGCCAUAACCAUCAGGAGAAACUUUCGGCGUGAAGAAGGAAUAGCUUAGCAACAGAGUCCCACUUCCUGAGGUGCAAAGGAUUAAGCUCCUAACACCAUGGAUAUGGACACGCAGCCACAGAGACAGCAAGCAGCCGUGCCAGUCUUUCAACCCCAGAAACCAUUGCAACCAGAUAUGGGCCAUAAUUCACUGGCAAACUUCCAGAUUGAGAAGAAGAUUGGACGUGGCCAGUUCAGUGAGGUGUACUGUGCAAGGUACCUGUUAGACAACACAUCAGUGGCCCUGAAGAAAGUCCAGAUAUUCGACUUGAUGGAUGCCAAAGCUCGGCAAGAUUGCAUCAAAGAGAUAGAUCUCCUAAAGCAAUUGAACCACCCCAAUGUGAUAAAGUACCACGCAUCUUUUAUUGAAGACAAUGAGCUGAACAUAGUCUUGGAGCUAGCAGAUGCAGGGGACCUCUCACGUAUGAUCAAGCACUUUAAGAAGCAGAGGAGGCUUAUCCCAGAGAGAACGGUGUGGAAGUACUUUGUCCAGCUCUGCAGUGCGCUCGAACAUAUGCACUCCCGGAGAGUCAUGCACAGAGAUAUCAAACCAGCCAACGUAUUCAUCACAGCCACAGGAGUAGUGAAGCUAGGAGAUUUGGGACUGGGACGAUUCUUCAGCUCCAAAACAACCGCCGCUCACUCGCUAGUGGGUACUCCUUACUACAUGUCACCGGAGAGGAUACAUGAAAACGGAUACAACUUCAAAUCUGACAUCUGGUCGCUAGGAUGCCUGCUCUACGAGAUGGCAGCCCUACAGAGUCCGUUCUAUGGGGAUAAGAUGAACCUUUACUCUCUUUGUAAGAAGAUAGAACAGUGUGACUACCCCCCUCUUCCCUCAGAUCACUAUUCAGAGGAGCUGAGGAACUUGGUAGAUAUGUGCAUCAAUCCUGACCCGGAGAAGAGGCCGGAUAUCACCUACGUGUACGACAUUGCCAAACACAUGCAGAACAUGACACAGGGCUGCUAAGCCCAGAGUUACGCACACACUAUCGCUUGCAGAAGUCCUCCCCACUUCUCUCCUUGCUCUUCAUGCUGGACUCGUCCAAAUCUAUCAGCUUUUAUACAAUAACUAACCCCAGAGUUUAUCUCCUUGUGAUAAGUAGUACAUGUAACAGAUUUGGAUUUUCGGGGUGAUGGCGAUGACUUACGCCCAAACCUGUCUGGCCUUGGAUAAAGAUUAAAGAGAUUAUACUUUUCUGUCAGAUGGACCUCCCAUUCCUUAGACUUUAACAAUAUUACAGCACUGAAAAUCAGCGUGUUGUAACUCAGAGAUGUGUUUAUAUGGCUUCGAAAUGCAUGUCCUCUGUCUUUUCAUGUGGUUUAGUAAAGCUGUUCUUCAGCAGCUGUUAUGAGCAGAUGUUUAAAGCAUAUAUACUGGAAAAUCAUAACCAACAUUAUUAUUAAAAAAAACGGUAACAUUAAAUCUUUAGUGCAGGACUUUACAUAUAAAUGAACAUUCAAGUUCUUGAUAAACAAGUUCACGCAAUGCUGAUAAAGCCCCUCACCGCCAGAUAAAAUCUCUCUGUAUUUCUCAGCAUACCAGAGUUUUAAAAUUUCAUUACUCUCAUUGCCAGAAGGAGGAGACAAAACUUCCUCACUGCAGGUUUAAGUGUUACCUGUUGCCUAUUCUUUAAACAAUUAGUCAGUACAUCAUUAAAAUGACCUUGUAGCCUUUGAGAACAGAGGGAAAACCAGAGUGAAGAGAUUUUCACUCGAUCGCAGCAAAACUGAGAGACAUAACAGAGUGUUAUUGGUGGUUGAAGUGUUGUUGUGUUGCACUUUUUUACCCUGGUACUGGAAGGCUGGCAGGGUGAUCAUGUAUAAUGAAUGUGUUAGGAAAGCGAAAAGGGAGGAUCGUUUUGAGGGUAGACUAGAGAUGUGCUUGGGGGAGAACAUGGGCAAAUGUCUCCACAAUACUUUGAAUGUAAGUCAUUCUGACACCUAUGUAUUGUCUUUGAAAAAUUCAGAAUGUCUCUUUUUUGACAGCCUUGAAGGAGUUGUAGAAGCUGUAACAAAAGCAGUUUUAUGUGUGCUGUUUACCUUAGUCACUGACACCAAAAACAUUUCCUCUUCCUUGGUUCAGCUUAAGCAAGUUAUACUGCUAUCAUAUAUUGUGAGAUUUUUUUUAAUGGCCUUUAAAAUCACAAGGAAGACAUGAAAAAAAAAAAAAAAGUCAAAGUCAAAACACCUAGUUGUUGUCAUAGUCCAGUGGAUGCAUUUGACCCACCAGAAAGGUUGUCUGUGUGGACAAAACUGUUGUGAUUGUUCAUGUUGCUGUGUGAGUUUGCAGUGUCGUAUUCUUAGUAAGAAAUAUUCUUAGUAAGUAACAAAUAUGUGGAAGGGAUAUAGCAGAUCCUUGCCUUGUGUAGCCGUCCACAUUAUGAGUAAAUCACAGUGUAACUACCUAGCUUACGUCCUCAGUUAAGAUACCAAAGAGAAAAGUCACAGAUACAGAGAGAGUGCAGUAAAUUAAAUAUAUAUAUAAAGGUACCCAUUUAUGAAAACUGAAUCAAAGUACUGAAAAGAAAAAACGAGCACCAAUGGGACUCAUGUUGUUUUACUGUACAUAGCGAUGACGUCCCUACUGUAUAGUAUACUGUCGGGUUUUAGUGACCCUUUAUUCUUUUGGAGGAAGCAAACAGUGGUUCAUGUGUGUAUAUGUGUAAUUUUAUUAUUAUUUUUUUUUUAUAGUGAAUAGGUUUACACCAGUGGGUCACAAACGACCAGCACUGACCGCCACUGGUUUACAUAGUGACAGUGAUGCCACUUGAAAGAUAUAAUGAGUAAAGGUUUUAUUUCAUUGUCUUCUAAAUUCUAUUUCAACAUUAUCAAAUGUUAACUUUUCAUUCAAAUUACUGUACGUCUACACCCAUGUUUCUCAUGUUUUUCCGUUUUAUAAAUUUAGUUUACAUCCCAUAAAGAACCUCCAAAAGAAAUUGGUAAUAUUUCAACAGCAAAAUUCCAAAAAUGCUUAGUCGUAUGUAUUGGCUCACAAGAUAAAUUCACAUUAAUGCUCUUUCACAACCUUAAAGCCCCAUCAUCAGUCAUAUAGAAAAGAGUCCAGAAAAGAAAAGAAGAGACGUUUAUGGCUGUUACUCUUCCAUGUGAUGUCAGUCAACAUUGCAGUGUGAUUUUUUUUUUAAUGUAAAAGCAAAUUUAAAACAAAAUGCAUAAGUCUUGCUUUCAUGUGUCACCUUGUUAGUUAAGAACAUGCAACAUGCAGUGUAUGCUCAGGCUGCAUUGCCUUGAAUUACAUCAGUGCAGUAGAGAUUUUGUUUUCUGUUUAUGCAUUGAAGUGGAGAUCCACUUUAUAUUUUUUACUUGACUCUUUUUACUCCUCACUAGGGGGCGUUUAUAACACACAGUGCUAAGUCACUUUUUAGAUUACGGCCAUUUCUUGGCAGGGGUUUGUUGUGUUUUUUGUCUUUCUCUAACAUGUGACAGUGCUCUCCUGUGUUGUCAAGCUGUUAAUGAAGAGUCCAGGGCUUUUCCACAAAGUCAGCAAUUGGAAUGAAUAUUUAUUGUUUUGGUAGUUUGGUUGUUUUCUGAACAUUUCAUGUCAAAUUAAAGAUCCUUUCCACCAAUGCCUUAUAUGCUAACUACAUGCAAUAAAGCUUUUAAAUUUC